UGCAGAUGAAGUAUGACCAGUGGCCCACCUGUACCUGGCAUCACGACUUACCUGCCAGGGUAUGGACCCUCAAACUAAAAUGUCUACCAAGGGGGAGGCCGCUGAGGAGAGGAUUUCCGAGUUUGGUGAUGAUUUAGCCUCUGAAAUCUCUGUUCGUCUUGGCAUUGACACAUUCCAAUUAAUAAAGAAAUAUGAAGAAGAAGACCAUAAAGACCGAAUGAGAAUGCAGAAAGGCUUUAACGCACAGAUGCGCAGCGAAGCAAAGCGAUUAAAGACUUUUGUCACCUAUGACACGUUCAGAUCGUGGACGCCGCAGGAGAUGGCGGCUGCUGGGUUUUACUUCACCGGGGUGAAAUCUGGGGUUCAGUGUUUCUGCUGUAGCUUAAUCCUCUUUUGUACCAGCCUCAGGAGACUUCCCAUAGAAAGCCACAAGAAAUUUCAUCCAGAGUGCGAGUUCCUUUUGGGCAAAGACGUCGGUAACAUUGGCAAGUAUGACGUGAGGGUCAGGAGUCCAGAGAAGAUGCUGAGAGGAGGCAAAGCCAGGUUCCUAGAAGAGGAGGCCAGACUGGAGUCCUUCCAGAACUGGCCAUUUUAUGCCCACGGGACAUCCCCACGUGCACUGUCAGCGGCUGGCUUUGUCUUUACAGGUAAAAGAGACACUGUGCAGUGUUUCUCCUGUGGUGGAUGCCUAGGAAAUUGGGAAGAAGGAGAUGAUCCUUGGAAGGAGCAUGCCAAGUGGUUCCCCAAAUGUGAAUUUCUUCAAAGUAAGAAGCCCACAGAGAAAAUUGCUGAGUAUAUUCAGAGCUAUGAGGGAUUUGUUCAUGUAACGGCAGAAAAUUUUGUGGAUUCCUGGGUAAAAAGAGAAUUACCUAUGACAGCAGCUUACGGCAAGGACAGUGUCUUUGCUAAUGAAGAACUAAGGCUGGACACAUUCAAGAACUGGCCCCACGAUUCACCUGCAGGUGUGGCAGCUUUGGUCAGAGCAGGCCUUUUCUACACAGGCAAAAGGGACAUUGUCCAGUGUUUUUCCUGUGGAGGUCAUAUGGAGAAGUGGGAGGAAGGUGACGAUCCAUUAGAAGAUCACACCAAAUACUUUCCCAACUGUGUAUUUCUCCAAAAUAUGAAGUCCUCUGCAGAAGAGAUUCCAGACCUUGGGAGCCACAGGGAACUUCCUGAAGCCAUGGAAACCACAAAUGAAAGCAAUCAUGAGGAUUCAGUAGCCGUUCAUUCUACCAUGGCAGAGGCGGCUCAGAGUGAAGCCCCUUGGUUUCAAGAGGCCAAGAGUCUGAGUGAGCAACUGCGAGCAGCCUACAUCUCCGCCAGUUUCCGACGCUUAUCUUUACCUGACAUCUGCUCCAGCCUACACACUGACCACUUGCUGGGCUGUGACCUGUCCAUUGUUUCAAAGCACAUCAGCAGGCCUGUGCAAAAGGCCCUGGUGCUGCCCGAGAUCCUUGCCAACUUGAACUCUGUCAUGUGUGUGGAGGGGGAAGCUGGCAGUGGAAAGACAGCCUUCCUGAAGAAAAUUGCUUUUCUCUGGGCAUCAGGAUGCUGCCCCCUGUUGAACAGGUUCCAGCUGGUCUUCUACCUCUCCCUUACUUCUACCAGACCAGACCAGAGCCUGGCCAACAUCAUCUGUGACCAACUCCUCAAGGCAGAAGGCUCUGUUUCUGAAGUGUGCCUGAGCAGCAGCAUCCAGCAGUUAAAGCAUCAGGUGUUAUUCCUUUUGGACGACUUUCAUGAAAUGAGCUCAGUCCCCCAAGUCAUUGAAAAACUGAUUGAAAGGAACUGUUUGUCACAAACCUGCUUGUUGAUUGCUGUCCAUAAAAACAGGUCUAGGGACAUCUGUCCAUACUUAGAUACCAUCCUCGAGAUCAAAGAGUUUCCCUUCUAUAACACUGUCUAUGUAUUACGGAGUUUCUUCUCACAUAAUAUAAUACAUCUGCAAGAGUUCAUGGUUUACUUUGGAAUGAAUAAAGGUUUACAAAGAAUCCACAAGACUCCCCUCUUUGUGGCAGCAGUCUGUGCUCACUGGCUUCAAAAUCCUUCUGACCCGUCCCUUGAGAGUGUGACUGUUUUCAGGUCCUACAUGGAAUGCCUUUCCUUAAAGCACAAAACUAGAUCUGAGCUUCUCAAAGCCACGGUGUCCUCCUGUGGUCAGCUGGCCUUGAGAGGGCUUUUUUCAUCUUGCUUUGAGUUUAUUAGUGAUGACGUCAGAGAAGCAGGAGUUGAUGAUGAUGAGGAUCUGACCACCUUCUUGAUGAGCAAAUUCACUGCCCAGAGACUGAGACCAGUCUACCGGUUUUUAAGUCCUGAGUUCCAAGAAUUUCUUGCUGGGAUGAGGCUGGUUGAACUCCUAGGUUCAGAUAGGCAGGAAGACCAAGAUAUGGGAUUUUAUUAUUUGAAACAAAUUAACUCACCCAUGAAGGCGAUAAGCUCCUACAGUAAUUUUUUGAAGUAUGUCUCCAGCCACCCUUCAGCAAAGGCGGGGCCAAAGAUUGUAUCACAUUUGCUUCAGUUGGUGGAUAAUAAAGAGCCAUUCGUGAAUAUAUCUGAAAAUGAGGAUUCCCUGAUGCUCCAUCCAGAAACUUCCCUGCAGACAAAAAUAAUUAGGGGAUUGUGCCAGGUUUCUCCAGAAGCUUUCUCUUCAGUCAUUUCAGAAAGUUUAUUGACCAUCGCUCUCAAGGUUGCUUAUCAAAGCAACACGGUUGCUGCAUGUUCUCCAGUUGUUUCGCAGUUCCUUCAGGGGAGAACACUGGCUUUGAGUGUACUGAAUUUACAGUACUUUGGGGACCACCCAGAAAGCCUGUUAGUGCUGAGGAGUAUCAAGAUCUCCAUAAAUGGAAAUAAAACUGCACCUAGAGUAAGUUAUUCAGAUAUGGAGAAAUGCUUUGAAACCCUACAGCCACCAACUAUAGAUCAGGACUAUGCAUCUGCUUUUGAACAUAUGAAUGAAUGGGAGGAAAAUGUUGCUAAAAAUGAAGAGAAUAUAAAGAACUUUAAGAAUAUGCAGUGCAAGCCCCCACCACGCAUCAGUGGGGGCUAUUGGCAACUGUCUCCCAAGCAGCACAAGAUCCCCUGCCUGGAAGUGCACGUGGACAACAUGGGUCCAGCAGACCAGGAGAUGCUCCGGGUCCUAAUGGAAGUUUUCUCAGCGUCACAGCACAUUGAACUCCAUUUAUACCACAGCACUGGCUUCAUUGAAAGCAUCCGCCCAGCUCUGGAGCUGAAUAAGGCCUCUGUCACCAAGUGCUCCAUGUGCCAACUUGAGCUCAGUGAAGCAGAACAGGAGCUGCUCCUCACCCUGCCUGCCCUGCGGUCUCUAGAGGUGUCAAGGACAAACCAGUUCCAAGAUCUCAUCCUUCCUAACUUGGACAAGUUCCCGUGCCUGAAAGAACUGUCUGUGACACUCGAUGACAAACCAGACGUGCUGUCAGUCAUUCCCGAAGAUUUCCCAAACCUCCACCACAUGGAGAAAUUAUCCAUCCAAACUUCCACCGAGUCUGAUCCCUCAAAACUAGUUAAGGUGAUUCAGAAUUCUCCAGAUCUUCAAGUUUUCCAUCUGAAAUGUGAUUCCUUUUCGGAUUUUGAGUCUCUCAUGACUGUACUUGUUUCCUGCAAGAAACUCAAAGAGAUUGGGUUUUCUGGAGGAUACUUUGAUGCCCUGCCAUUUGUCACCAUUUUACCAAAUUUUAUUUCUCUGAAGACAUUAAAUCUUGAAUACCAACACUUUUCCAAUAAAGAAGCAUCAGAAAAAUUUGCACACACUCUAGGUUCUCUCAGGAACCUGGAGGAGCUGCUUCUUCCCCAUGGGGACGGGAUUCAUCACGUGGCCAAGCUGAUUGUCAGGCAGUGUCUACAGCUGCAGAGUCUCCGAGUUCUCUCCUUUCGCCAGACCUUGGAUGAUGACAGUGUGAUGGAAAUCGCCAAGGUGGCAGUCAGUGGAGGCUUCCAGAAACUCAAGAACUUAGAUCUUUCACUGUGUAACAAGAUUACAGAAGAAGGAUAUAGAAAUUUCUUUGAAGUCCUGGACAACCUGCCAAACUUGCAAGAGCUGAACAUUUCCAGGCAUCUCCCACAAUGUAUCAAAGUUCAGGCCACCACCGUCAAGGCCCUCAGUCAGUGUGUGUCCCGACUGCCCAGCCUCACCAGACUCACCAUGCUAAGUUGGCUCCUGGUUGAGGAGGACAUGAAACUGCUCAAUGCUGUGAAGGAAAGACACCCUCAAUCUAAAUGCUUCACUAUUAUCUGGAAAUGGAUCCUACCACCCUCUCUGGUUAUUCAGAAAUAAAAGAUGCUGCUGAAGACUACUAAUCAAGAAAUUUUGUCAACAGUUCUAAAACUUUGAUUUUCAAAAUCAAGACCCUGCCUUAAAGACCAAAACCAUAACUAUUUCAUACACAAGAAUUUUACUGAAGUGUGUGAGGAUUUUUUUUUAAAAGCCUGUAUGUCCAUCACUAAAGUUCAGAGCUAUCAUGCACAGUAUCUUUGCAGUCUUGUGUGAUCCUUCUGCAUAGAGAUUAGCCUCUCAAUCAAGUUCAUACAGUGAACCCUCUGUUAUCAAGGUCAUCACGGAGAGGCUGUGGGAAAGCAAUAGGAUCUAUGUAAAAACCCACAGCACAGACGAAGUAUUCAGUUUAGGUACAAAACGUCCAAUUUAAAGAUUGAAUCAGUUCCACACAUGAUGAGACAAGGGCUGACGACCACAGGAUGCAGAUGACUUUUCUGGAAGACAUUCUCUAGUCUUUGCAGGGUCUUUUGUGCAUUUCAGUAGCCUUGAUGUGGGAGAGCUUGCUUGUACAUCUCUUUUCCAUUACCAGUGUGAAGAAGAAGUUAGGUUUAGGGAAAACUGCUUUGUUUCAGAGGCUUUUGAGAUUUCCACAUGUGCUGUAACGACCUUACAUUUUCUUAUAUUCCUCUGUAA